AUGACGUCGUUUUCAUCUCCAACACGCCCCGCCCUCCCCCUCCUCCUCCUCCUCAUCUCCGCCCUCGCCGCCGUCCUCCUCUCCGCCGGCCCUUCCUCCGCCGCGACGGAGCUCGUGAAUCAGGUCUGCGGCGGCACCGGCGACCCCCGCUUCUGCGCCGCCGCCCUCUACUCCGACCCCCGCACCCCCACCGCCGACGCCUACUCCCUCGCCUACGUCGCCUUCGGCCUCGCCUACCUCAACGCCACCCGCACCGGCGACCACAUCUCCCGCAUCCUCAGCAGCCCCUCCCUCGCCCACCGCAGCCCCGCCCUCGCCGGCGGCCUCCAGUCCUGCCGCCGCGGCUACGCCGCCGCCGUCACCAAGCUCGCGGCCGCCUACAACGACCUCAACUCGGAGACCUUUGCCGACCUCGCCGGGUACGCCGGAAGCGCCGCCCGCGCUGCCGGGGACUGCGACGGGGCCUUCGGGGGCAGCCCGUACGCGCCGCUGGUGGCGGGGAGGAACCGGGACCUGAGGCGGCUCUGCGAGAUCUGCGCCGCCGUGUCGAAGCUCUUCACGUGA